AUUGGACAAGUAGCGCCUGGCGAGUGGCUUUUUUCAAAGUCGGACGGACGAAGACGGAGCCGUCGUUCCCCUCCCUUCUCCGCAGUCAUGGAAGGCUCCUACCGCACUCCUUCCCAAGAAGCCUAUCGUGCAGCCAUGGUGCUUUCUGGAGCUGGUGAUGCCCUUGGAUAUCGCAACCAGCGCUGGGAAUACUGUACUUCGGGGCCCCAGAUCCACCAAGAGCUCCAGGAAAUGGGGGGACUUGGCAAGAUCCGUGUAGCCCUCCCUGAUUGGCCAGUCAGUGAUGAUACUGUGCUGCACCUGGCGACUGCUGAGGCCUUGGCCACAGGGAAGACUGGAGAGCCCUUGUUCCAGGAGCUGGCAAGCUGCUACGUAGAGGCUAUGAAAGAUAUGGAGGGGAGAAAACCUGGGCCCACCAGUAUUCUGGGAACAUCUCAGUUAUGUCCAGGAGAGCCAGAUGGAUAUCACAUUCCCUUCAAUCCUAACGCAACCGGUUGUGGUGCAGCUAUGAGAUCCAUGUGCAUUGGGCUUAGGUAUCCUCACCCCUCUGAUCUCAACACCUUGAUCCAAGUCAGCAUAGAAAGUGGAAGAAUGACGCAUCACCAUCCCACAGGCUAUCUGGGAUCUCUGGCUUCGGCCCUCUUCACUGCUUAUGCUGUCCAGGGGCUGCCCCUUGAGCUCUGGGGAUCUGGGUUGCUGAAGACUUUGCCCCUUGCCAUGGAGUACAUCCAGGCUACUGGGGUUGAGACUGAAGCCAAUAUAGCAGCUUGGACCUAUUUCCAAGAGAAGUGGGAAUGGUACCUCUCUGAACGGGGUCUCAGCGAUGGUCGGGGCCCAGUUCAAUUUCCUGCUGCCUACGGUCCUGCCGAGCGGGAUGUCAUCUACAAAACCUUCAGCCUGGACGGAUGGGCUGGACGGAGUGGUCAUGAUGCCCCCAUGAUUGCCUACGAUGCCCUCCUGGGUGCUGGGAGCAGCUGGGAGCAGCUCUGCGGAUGGUCCAUGUUCCAUGGUGGAGACAGUGACUCCACAGGGGUCAUCGCGGCUUGCUGCUGGGGCCUUAUGUAUGGUGUCCGAGAUAUCCCAUCUGGAAAUCACAUGGAACUGGAAUAUCGAGACAGGAUGGUCUCUGCGGCCGACUCUCUCUAUCGCCUGGCUUGGGAGCAGGGCUCUGUUUGAGAAGCCGUUCCCAUGGCUAACAUCCUCAAUUCCUGGGAAGGCAUAAAUUGAAAACUUGCAAUAGAUUGAAAACGGAUGCUUUCAAAAUAAAUUGAAGCUGUA